AUGGAAAAUGUGGCAACACGUCAACUUUCAAUAUUACCGGAUUUCCAAGUAACCAAGUCCAUCGAGGGCCUGCUUCCUUUACCACAGAUCCGUAACCCAAACGACCCAAGAAGAAAGGAGCUAAAAGAGCUUGAAGCCAUAAACAAGGUCAUUGACCAGAAAUCACAUUCCUUGGUGAGGAGAGAGCUUCAGGCUGGUCAUGGUUACAUGAUCCUCCAGACCGCAUUGUUCAUGAGGCUAACCUUCUGGGAACUCACAUGGGACGUUAUGGAGCCAAUCUGUUUCUAUAGGAAACUGAUGGAGGCUCAAGAUUUUGAUGCUGGGAGGUAUGAUGAGCUGAAGAUGCUGUUUAAUCCAAAGCCUUCUUCAGCUCGUGUUUCCAAGAUUCUUGGAACUAUACAGAAUUAA